AAAAAAACACAGGAAACAACCACUGGAUUUCUAGAACAAUUAUUCUCCGACAUAGAAGCUGAAAAAUCAUUUUUUAUUUACAGCCACAGCAGGUUAAACAAUAAAUCCUGUUAGCAGACUGCUCGUUAAAUUAUUACACCUGUGUAUAUUUAUUCCAAAAAUCAUCCAACAAAGAUGUUGAUAAAAGUGAAGACUCUCACUGGCAAGGAGAUAGAGAUUGACAUAGAGCCCACAGAUAAGGUGGAGCGAAUUAAAGAAAGGGUGGAGGAGAAAGAGGGGAUCCCUCCCCAACAGCAGAGGUUGAUCUACAGUGGAAAACAGAUAAACGCCGAAAAAACGGCCGCAGACUACAAGAUCCAGGGCGGCUCCGUCCUUCACCUGGUGCUCGCCCUCAGAGGAGGCCGCCCGCUCCGCUCCAUGUUUUAACCUCCGGCUCAACAACAAGCUCAAACUGACACGACGCCUUCAAGAACCACAGCGCUACUGGAAGCGGUUGCACAAUCACCUAGUGACACUGAAGGCACCACGGAGUCACCGGCCGAGUCGUCGAACCAGUUUCUGCUUUCCGUCUCCGACUCCCUCACAGCCUUUCGUGUGUUUUGUUGCCAAAGCCGUGUGCGCAGAUGAUCAAUUCUUUAGCUUUGGAUUAACACUUGACUGAUUAGCUAUUAAGGACAAAAACCACUAUUCAAUCGUCUUUCUGUCACUCUGUGCGAGUAAUGUUUGUAAUGGAGCAGAGGAUGUUUGCUGCGCCUGAAAUAAAUGAGACAACUGUAAUUUAAAGCCAGAGAAGGGAUGUCAAUCCUUGUAGAGUUAGAUUGUCACAAAGUAUCGCACGGGGUUUGAUCGAGCUCUUAGGAAGCACUGAUGUAGCAGAGUAAGUGUGAGAAGACUAUAGCUUUAAUAACAGGACUAACCCUAGACUACACAGGGACCAUUUUUGGGUUUUGGUUUGGCUUUUUUUUUUUUUUUUGUCUUUAAGUGCUUAACGAAUGAAAUGCCAGGCAGGCCGUUUCCACUUUCAGACAAUCUUAAUGCUUGCUUUGUCUUGUUCUGUUUCAGAACAAAAAAAAUACUCAGCAAAAACACACAUUUUUCUCUCUAUAACGGAGAAAAGAGCAAGUAAAGAACAUUACCAUGAUGGUCAAGAGUCGGCGCGACCAUCAUGAACCUCAUGGCUUUUUUUUUUUUUCCCCACCUGCGUGCUCAUGGAUAAUUUGAACUUGCUCCGACUCAUGAAGUAUGUUUACUUUUCUUAUCGCUGUGUCGGCACCUGUAAUACCGUCCGCUUGUGUUCAGUGUCCUUUCAAACGUAUCACUUUGUGAAAUAAAACAGAUUGUGUGAAGGC